AAACUGCAUAUUGAAUCUCCGGGGGAGUUUACCCCACUGAUCUCUACUAGAAAGUCAGUGGUUUACCAAGGAGGUUAACCCUCCUCGUGGUUCUAUCCAUUCAUACUAAGAGUGCAACAGUCAAAUCAAAACGAUCCGAUCCAAUCCGCAAUAACAGAGAAGUAACGAGCAAACACGUGCGGCGCAUCAGCAUGGGUGCGAAAAAACGAAAAGGACGCGCCGUGAAAGCUGCUAAAAAAGGCAGUGCUGUGGUAGAACCAGAAGAGGUCUCAAAGGCCCCUCACACUUUUGUGAUAUCGCGUGGCACUCUGGGCAAGAAUGCGUCAGAGCUGAUGCUGAAUUUCAGAAAAGUUAUGGAGCCUUAUACUGCAUCUAGGCUUCAGGUGCGGAGGAAGAAUGUCGUCAAAGACUUUGUCUCAGUGGCUGGGCUGCUACAUGUGACACACCUGGUGGUCUUCACCAAGACCGAAAGGGCCAUUUACAUGCGACUAGCAAGGCUACCUCGUGGGCCCACACUCACUUUUCGUGUUGAAAACUAUGCUCUGGCUCGUGACAUCAUUUCAAGUUUAAAGAAGCCAGUCACAUACACACAUCAAUUCAGCUCUCACCCACUGCUGGUGCUGAAUAACUUCAGUGGUGAAGGCAUGCACUUUAAGCUUAUGGCCUCCAUGUUCCAGAACAUGUUUCCAUCAAUUAAUAUACACACGGUGAAACUGAACACUAUAAGGAGAUGCCUCCUCCUGAAUUAUGAUUCAGUGGACGAGACUAUUGAUUUUCGCCACUAUACCAUCAAGGUGGCUCCUUGUGGCAUCAAUCGAGCUGUCAAAAAACUUGUGCAAAGCAAGGUUCCAGACUUGGGGCACCUGCGAGAUAUAAGUGAGUACGUGGAUCAGGGAGGCCUGUCGGAGAGUGAAGCUGAACUGGAUGGUGCUUCUAACCAAAUUAUCUUGCCCCAGAAGAUCUGCAGCAGGGGCAAUGUGCUUAACCAGCAGAGCUCUGUUCGGAUGGUCGAGUUGGGCCCCCGUAUAAAACUCAAGUUAGUUAAGAUUGAAGAAGGUCUGAUGACUGGAGAAGUGAUGUACCAUGCAUUUAUUCAGAAGACACCAGAGCAGAUCAAAGCACUUCGUGAACGACGGCUGGAACUCAAGAAGCUAAAGGAGAAGCGGAAGCAGGAGCAGGAAGAGAACAAGCGGAGAAAAGAAGCUUUGCACAAGAGUGAGCAGGACGUGAGUGAAGGGAGUGAUGCAGAUGUCGAAGCGGAGGAGAGUGAUGAGGAAGAUUACCAAAACUGGUACCAGCAGGAAGUGGAUAAAGAACCUGAUGAAGAUGGUACACCACCACAAGUGAAAAGAGCUAAUAAAAGGGGAAGUGGCAGCGUAACUGGCAAGCCUGAUGGGCAGAGGAAACUACUGCAUCACAAGCAACAAAGUGGGUCAACAAAAAAGGGGUCACAACUACUGAAGAAGGGCAAGACUGAGGAAGAGCAGGAGGAUAAGAAAGCGAGGAAGCGCAAGCUGUCGGACUUUGAAGUGAUGAUGCAGCGACGCAAGAAGCGCAAGAAGUUGAAAGAGAAGGUGAAAGAAAAGCGUUUGCGCUCCCAGAAGGUGGCCAGGCUUCGAGCUCAGCAGAAGCAGGAGGUACCUUUCAAGAAAGUAAAACAUAAACGAAGCCGAUGAGAGUCCGAUGUGCAUUGCCAGGUGUGGCUGUACAUUACAUGAAGGGAAAUGUAUAUGAAAAUAAAACACUUGUUAAUUAGUCCUGACCAACAUUGGGAGGGACAGAAAAAAAAUGGUUUUGAUCAGAGGUGUUUUCGGAAGUGUACAGUGAAAGUUCAGUUCUUGAGUGCCUUUUAUAACCCUUGUCUUUGGAAUCUCAGAUUAUGAUGCUACCAAGCCUGCAGUGCAAACUCCCACUGACCAAAGGUAAGAAAAGUUUUGCUUGUCAGUUUUGGAAAUAAGUUUUGUCUUAUGUAAGUGUGACAGAUGCACUUUCUGAAAAAAAUAAAAAGGCAAAUUCUUUGGUGCAUUUCUCAAA